AUGGCGGCCAUGGACAUUGACAUGUCCUCGGUGCCACUGCCGGCCGCACGCGAGACGACGGCAGCGACAGUCCUCUGUUACAACUGUGGCGCGGCGAUUGAUGGCACACAAGCAGCGGGAGCAAUCUGUACCGACUGUCUCAAGCUCACCUCCGACGUGACCCAAGGCAUCGAGCGUGAGGGAAUCCUCCUCAUGUGUCGCGACUGCGACCGAUGGUUAUCCCCACCCAACUCAUGGGUCGUUGCGGCGCCCGAGUCUCGCGAGCUCCUUGCCCUCUGCCUGCGAAAACUACGUGGACUACACAAGACCCGCAUCAUCGACGCCUCCUUCAUCUGGACCGAGCCGCAUUCGAGACGAAUCAAGUGCAAAAUCACAGUCCAGCACGAAUCCACACAAGGCGCCAUCCUCCAACAAACAUUCGAUGUCGAGUUCAAGCAGCAGUACAAGCAGUGUCCCGAUUGUCAGAAGAGUUUCACACACAACACCUGGUCUUCGGUGGUUCAGGUCCGACAGAAAGUACCACACAAGAGGACGUUCCUCUACCUCGAGCAGCUCAUUCUCAAGCAAGGCGCGCACAAGGAUACCAUCAACAUCAAGGAAGUGCACAGUGGGAUUGAUUUCUAUUUUGCUGCGAAGAACCAGGCAGAGAAGUUUUGUGAUUUCCUCAACUCGACCACGCCUGUCAAGAUUAAGAAGGCUCAGGAGCUCAUUUCCAUGGACACACACACGAGCGUGCGCAGCUACAAGUUCACAUUUUCCGCCGAGCUUGUUCCCAUAUGUAAGGAUGAUUUGGUCGCCCUGCCACCAAAGCUCGCCAAGCAGAUUGGAAACAUCUCCCCACUGGUGCUCUGCUAUCGCAUAGGAACAGCAGUCAACAUCCUCGACCCGAACACUCUUCAAUUCGCCGAUCUCAGCACGCCAAUCUACUGGCGAACACCCUUUGCACCUCUCGCCGAUUCCACACAGCUGAUUGAGUUUGUGAUUAUGGAUAUCGAGCCCAUUGGACCCGCAAGGGGACGCUUCCUUCUCGCCGAAGCCACCGUCUGCCGCGCAUCAGAUCUCGGCGUCAACGACACAACCUACCUCAUCCGCACACAUCUCGGCGGAGUCCUUCACGCAGGUGACUCGGCCAUGGGCUACCUCCUUUCCGGAACACAGUUCAACAACCCCAACUUCGAAGCUUUGGAAGAGAGCAAGCAAUACAGCGGCACCAUUCCCGACGUAAUAUUAGUCAAGAAGCACUACGAGCGCCGCAAGAAGAAGAGCGCCAACACCCGCAACUGGAAGUUGAAGCGCAUGGCUCGUGAGGAGAGCGACAUGAAGCCCAGGAAGCAAGAUGCGGAUCGUGAUGAGAUUGAUUACGAGCAAUUCUUGCAGGAUUUGGAGCAGGAUCCUGAAUUACGGGCGGGCAUGCAUCUGUACAAGCAGCAGAAGGAAUUGGAUGCUAUUAGUGAGAUGGAGACGGAUGAUGGAGAGGAUGAUGGGUUGGAGAUUCCAAUGGACCAGUUGAUUGAUGAGAUGCAGGACGCUACGCUGGAGGAUAUGGAUAGCGAUAGUGAUUGA